AUGACUCAUAAACACGAUUAUUUUAAAGAUUUUAACUACAAUGAUAGUAGUGGCAGCAGGAACAUAAUAAAUGAUGGUAGUGAUCAUACACGAGCCUUCCAUGGGGAAUAUGAUGGAUACAAACAUACACCACUUUCCCAAUUAUCCCCUAUGUCUCCCAAGAAUAACAACAACACACAAGAAGAGGAGAGUAGAAAUACAGAUGAUAAAGUGUUUUUUGCUGUACUGGAUAUCACAGAUGGACGACGGUAUAAAGUUUUUCUCCGAGAAAGUGAUAUCCCACGGUUAAAAGUAGGGAAGAUACGCAAGACACUUAGUGCGGUUGCUGGAAAACCGCCUUUUUCAUUUGAUCUCUGGCAUGGUGAUAUGUUGUUAAUGAAUAUGGAAAGUGCUAAUUGUGCUGAUCUCGGUAUUACACCGCAAACAAUGCUUGUUAUGCGACCACGAGUGGAAGAGAGAUCUGAAAACGUAGAGAAAAUAAAAGAACAACAAGAAGAGAAACAAGAAGAAGAAGAACAGCGAGAGUUUAUGGGAAAUGCUGCAAGUAGUAGUGAAGAGGUAAUAAAUGAUAUGUUUACCAUGGGAUCUUCAGAAAAGUAUACAUAUGAUGUGAUGAAAGAGUCUAAUUCCAUAAGGAAUGACUCAGCGUAUGUGGUAGAAUUGAAUGAACGACAACGGGCAUUGCAGGCACAGUUGUUUGAAGAGGCAAGACGCGCUAAUCUCUUUUCAACAACUAGUAGUGGAAGUCAUAAGAAGAAGAACAAUAGCCCUAAUAAUAAUAAUAAUAAUAAUAAUAAUAAUAAUAAUAAUAAUAAUAAUAAUGGUGAUGGUUUUAUAUUAGGUGAUGCUGUAAGAGAUAACGUAUUACAGUCUGGGGAAACAUUAUCGGAUGAAAUAGAGCCUGAAGAGAACAAUAAUGAUGAUAACAGUUUUACAGACUUUAUUCAAGAGAUUGUAAACAAUAAAAUCACUCAGCAUGUCUCGGAUAUAGUAACACCAAGAAUACCCUCACAAGAUGUUGGUUACACUACAGCAACCACCCAUUCACCACCAGAUAAUAUCAAAAACAAGACAUCAUCGUUAGAUGUACUCUUGCAGGGUGAACGUUAUUACGAUAUGUACUGUGAAAAGGGAAGCGAUAAUAAUAAUAAUAAUAAUAAUAAUAAUAAAGGAGUGUUCUCUUCACCUACUACACCUAAUGAAGUAUAUGCUGAAAAGAAUAUCCAUAACGAAUGUAGAGAGAAAAAACAAAAUGAGUAUGAGGAGCACAUACUUCAUAAAUCCGAAAGAGGAUUACCAUCAUCUCAUCUCACUAUGACGAACACUAGUGAUAAUAAUAAAUCCACCGUAUCUCAUCGAGAGAAACAACUCACGCAGCUUGUACAACAACUGCAGGAUGACGUGAGUGAACUUCUCGCCCUUCACGUACGUGGAGAAACCACAAAGCAAGCCCUGCAGCAUGCCCUCGCCGAGUCCCAACAACACGUGCGGCGGCUGCAGCGACGGGAAGAUCAACUGCAACUGCAGGUGGACGCUCUGUUGAACGUCCUCGGCUCUGGGCCCGACGGCACCCCGCAGCCGCUCACAGACGCGGAGCUCCGCACAGCCGCGCAGCACUUCACCGCAGCCCACAAAAGUGAAGUCCUGCAGCGCGAGAACUCCGCACUGGAGCGCAGACUCGCCCAAGAGGUGCGCCGCCGCCGGGAGAUGGCACUCACGCUGGAGGACAUGAAGGGACACAUCCGCGUGUUGGUGCGGGUGCGGCCGCCCAUGCGUGAAUUACAAGAGGGUUCACAAAAUAUCUCGGGUGAAAUAGAAAGAGAAACAACAAUAACAACAACAACAGGUUCUUCUUCACAGCCGGUUGUGGGUGUAGUGGUGCCUGAUGGGCAACGGAAUACGGUUACGAUUACAGACCCGUAUGCAGGUCCACGGCAGUUUAAUUUUUAUCGUGUUUUCACUUCUAGUUCCACACAGGCGGAGGUGUUCAGUGAAGUUGCGCCACUUGUUCAACUCGCCUGUGAUGGUGUAAAUGUCUCUGUUCUGGCGUAUGGACAGACUGGUAGUGGUAAGACGUACACCAUCUUUGGUCCGGAAGAGCAACAAAGCCAUACAACCGAUACAGAAAGGAAUGCAAAGAAUAAUAAUAAUAAUAAUAAUAAUAAUAAUAACAGUGAUAACAGUUAUGAAGAAGAAGAAGAGGAUGAAGAUGUAGAGGAAAUAGAUGCGGAAGAGGAUGGUAUUGUACCCCGAACGAUACGUGUAUUGUUUCAGCAUUUACGCGCAGAGGCCGCUGCAGAGAUGGCUCUCAUGACACAAUAUUGUAAGAAUAACAAGAAUAGUAAUAAGAACAGUGAUGUUGCGGAUGAUGAUGAUGAUGAUGAUAAUGAUGAUGAUAAAGAAGUGGAUCUCUCACGUUCUUCUAUGUUUGAAGUAUCCUGCAGUCUUGUAGAGAUGUACAAUGAUAAAGUGCGGGAUCUUCUGGCGCCCCUUCAGCUAGUUGUACCCACAUUUCACGUGGGUGGAAAUAAAAACAACAAUACUAUUAUUAAUAAUAAUAAUAAUACUAAUAGUAAUAGUAAUACUAGUAAUAAUACUAAUAACGAAAGUGCAGAGCAUCGUGGACCAUUUUCUGUAGCGCCGCAGCGUACAGUACGUGUGGGUCCUGAUGGUCAUAUGUAUGUUGUUGGACUCACACAGCAUGUUGUGCGUAAUGCACGAGAGGCUCUGCGGGUUCUCCGCGAUGGGGCGACGCGGCGUCAAGUGCAGGCAACACAACAGAACUCCUCAUCUAGUCGUUCACAUAUGAUCUUCACGGUUCAUCUCUCCCAGCGACGACGUGUUCCAUCUCAACGUAGUAGUAGUAGUGGUAGUACUAAUAGUAGUAAGAAUAGGGGCCAUCACAUACCAGCGUUGUCUGUUGCGUAUAAGCGUCUAGAGAGUAAAUUAGUCUUUGUAGAUUUAGCAGGAUCGGAACGAAUUGCAAAGUCACAGAGUACUGGAGAUCGUCUAAAAGAAGCACGUUAUAUUAACAAGAGUCUCGCAGCAUUAGGUGAUGUUGUGGCAACACUUUCAAAUAAUACAACAACAAAUACUAAUAAUACUAAUUCUUCUGCUUCUGGAUCUGCUGGGGUGACACACGUUCCUUAUCGAAACAGUAUGUUAACAGCACUUUUGCAAGAUGUUAUUGGCAGUCGAAGUAAGACUGUACUGCUCGCUUGUGUGGCUCCCAGUGAUCCACCGUAUGAGAAUCACACAGCAGAGACAGCAACAACACUGCAAUUCGCCAGUCGAGUGCGGUGUGUGCGUAAUUUUGCCCCGCCCUUUCCUACCAAUAAUUCCUCCUCUAUCUCGUUACGAUCAAACUCACAUUCACUACCACCACCAACAACAACAACAACAACUAAUACUAAUACUACUACUACUACAGCAGUUAGUGGGGGCGGUGGUUCUAUAAAAAGCCAAAAUGCAAAUACUACUGAGAUGGAUAUGGAUUCAUCGCACAAAAUGUCUGCUGUUGGUCGUGGUUUAACUAAAUUGUGGAUGCGGCCAACGGCGUCGUCUCAACUUCGCGUUAACGCCUUAGGGCGCCAUGGUUCUGCAACAACAACAACAACAACAACAACGGCAAAACCAUCGAAUGAGUCUGAUCGAACAGAAGAGGUUGGACGGACGCAAUCACCAACACCGCAGCCUCGGAGAGGAAGCGAUUCGAACUUUGAGACAAGGCCACGGAUGCGAUUCUAA